GAGUAAUCGUGGCGGCAAUCGAAUUCGGCUUGAGCAUAUUUCCGGUCCGUAUACUUGGUUCAUGCAAUUGAUUAAAAGCAGCUGACAUCGCGAGCUAGCUAGCAGUUCGACCGCCGCAGCUCGCUCCGCAGUGAAUGGCGGCAGCCGCGUCCGGGACGGCGCUCCGGCGGCUCUACCUCUCCGCCUACAACUGGGUCCUCUUCUUCGGAUGGGCGCAGGUGCUGUGCUACGCGGCCUUGGCGCUGCUGGAGAGCGGCCACGAGGCCGUCUACGCCGCCGUCGAGCGGCCGCUGCAGUUCGCGCAGACCGCAGCCUUCAUGGAGAUUCUGCAUUCGAUUCUAGGGUUCGUGAGGUCUCCGAUUUCAACAACUCUUCCACAAAUCACUGGAAGAUUGUACAUCACAUGGGGCAUCUUGUGGAGCUUUCAUGAGGCGCAAUCUCAUGUUCUUCUAACUUCAUUGAUCAUAAGUUGGUCCAUCACUGAGGUCAUUAGAUAUUUUUUCUUUGCUAUGAAGGAGACAUUUGGGUUUGCACCUUACUGGCUCCUAUGGCUUAGGUAUAGCACUUUUCUGGUGUUCUAUCCUACUGGCAUGUUAAGCGAGGCUGGUCUAAUCUUAGUUGCCAUGCCUUUUAUGAAGACAUCAAGGAAAUACAAUCUUAUGAGGCCCAAUAAAUGGAAUUUCUCCAUCGACUACCGCUAUGAAUUGGCUCUUGUCACGGCUCUAAUCAUACCAGGUGAUGGCCCUUCUUGUUGAUGGCCACUAACGACAGAUGGACCACUUUGGCAUAGCAAUAUGGCAUAUCAACAAUUCACAGCCGAAGUGGAAGUUCCUGAAUAUUGAGCUAUUGUGUUCUCAUAGUCUAAAAAAUUGUUGACCAAGAGCUAUAUAUCAUUGGAAGGGACAAUCCUUACAAAUAUGGAUAACAUUCACUGAGGCCCUUUUGUGUGAGGAUCGUUCGAUGUGGAAUUACCAAGAGAGGAAAGUGUAAUUGGUCGGAAUCUUUGUACUUGAUCGUGAGACUUGGGUGUGUGCGUGUGUGUGGACUUGAUUUUGUAUGUGUGCUCUCUGACGGUUUGCUUUAUCUAUAAAGUGGGGCGAAAGCCUUUUUCGGUAA